AUGUUACCUAAAAAUAUCUCUGUUAUUUCGACCCAAAUCAAAAAUAGUUUUGUUGGCGCUGAACCGCGGGACGCUACUUUCCUUCGCCUUCAUUUACGUACUAACCGUUUAGAAAAUUUUCACAACUGGUUCUUUCAAACCUUUUUCAUACUGAUACCAUACGAUAAUCUAUCAUCGAUGAGAGCGGAUGAACAAAUGACUGAGCAGAUGGAUGGAUUGAUAGAUAAGUUGGAUCGCUUCAGACAUAGUCAGACGGACAUAUGGACAGCUGUCAUUUUAAUUUUGAAGGUACAUGAAUUGUGUGACAAUUUUUGCCAUCGAUACGUGACUUGUCUCAAAGGUAAGAUGCCUAUGGAUAUUGUCGGUGAUGAACGUGCUAGCAGUUCCCAGACUUCCGCAUCUCCCAGUACAGCUCCGCCGUCCUCUAGUCCUUCUAUGAGUACGCCUAUCAGCUCACAGUAUCAGCCAGCUCCUUAUGAACCACAAUCGGUACCCUUACCAGAAAAUACCACAGCUAUUUCUUCUGGCCAUGACGUUAGUUAUUUUAAAAUAGUUGGGAAUGAGAAGAGUUUAUUUGCAUAA